AUGUCUUCCUUUUACUUAAGACCUCUAAAUGGCGAAAAGGACAUUGCGGUUCCCUUUGGCAAAACCACGAUCGGAAGAGGUCCUUUACUUGGGGUAGGAUUUGCAAAAGCAUAGCAACAUUUUGAGUUGGUUCUUUAGAAAUUCGCUUCGUGUUCUCUUCAAGCUAUACUUACCAUAUCUAUUUAUUCUUUUCCAACAGGUGACAGACAAACGAGUGUCUAGAUCGCAUGCGGUACUGGAGGUGAAAGAUGAAAAUCUUACUAUUCUGCCCGUAAGUGAUUAAGCUAAGUGAUGACUGUUGCCUAAUCAUUUAGUGGAGACACUCACUCUUUAAUUGCUUUCUGAAAUCUAUCUUUAUUCAUGGAUCAAGUAUCUAAUAAGCUGGUUCAAUUAUGUUACUUGAUCACAGUACUUUUACAUCAUUCAGUAGUCCUAGAGUAAUAUAUCACUAACAUUGGAAAAAAUACUUUUACUAUGUUCUCAUUAUAAUACAAAUGACAAGACAAUGCGCAUCCCGGCGAUUUUACCCCAUGCCCACCCCUAUCGCACAUUAUUUCACCCUUCACCUUUCUGUUAGCCAUCAUAGUUUUUUCCUCACACACUUUAAGAAUUUUUUAAAGUAAUUAUUUUUUAUUCGCUAAAUAUGAUGAUAGGGGAUUAGAGCAGGUGUGACUCCAUGUUAAAUUUUUUCCCUUCAUCUUAACUUUAUCUUACUCUGUUAUCUGGCUGAAUACCUAAAUGGGAAAAGCAACAAAUCUAAAGUACUGAAUUGCUUCCCGCAUGCAUAUACAUGUACACCAUGUCUCCUUCUGGUGUGCAGAACCAAUCACCUGGUCUCUUUUACAGUUCUGUAAAUCUCAUGGAUAUAUCAUUGUUUUUCCAUUAAAGUAAGGAAGUUAUGUAGAUUGUAUCCUGGCCUAUUCAUAAAAUUUUUUGGUUUCUGGUUAAGGAUGGUUGUAUGGUUAUUUUUUUCCAAUCUUUGGGGUUAUUUGUUAGGUGUACUUGAGAGGCUUCAGUUCAUGAGAAGAGACUGGGAAAAGAUUCAGAGGUUUGGGGGAGGAGGUGAUCCUAAACCAAACAGCUCCAGAUUUUAGAUUCCCAAAGUUUGGCACCUCUGUAAAUGGGCAUUAACGAGUUAUUAUUUGAGAUUCUCAGUUUGCUACCAAAUGUCAUACCAGUAAACAAUAUUCAGACAGCAAUCUUCUUAGACCAACUCCAGGCAAGGUGUGGAUGGCAGUUGUAAAGGUUGACUGGUUAUUUAUUGGUGAUGAUUCAUUAUGAUUGAAGUUAUUCCUUACCUUUUAGCUUCACAUCAAUCCAACCUUUUUGAAAUCUUCUGAUGGAAAGAAGUUUGUAAGUUUGAAGAAAGGCAAAACCAGAGUCCUGAUUGAUGGUGAUGUUAUUGCAUUGCUUCCAGACAGCUUGUGCUUUAUGGUUGUUUGUCAGGGAGACUCACUUGAGAAUGGUGUAACAGAAGAACAAGUGGGAAUCUCCAAGAAUAAGAUGUUAGAUAAGCUUCUUACUAAGUCAAACAAGGCUCACGAUAAGGAAAAACCUACAAAAUCAUCAGACACACCCACAGGUGCUGUAUUGCUAAUGAGUAAUGCAUUGGGUAUUUUGUAUUUCAAGAACUUGAAGGGAGUUGAGAAGUGGGGGAUCAGUUUAUAGUUGAUUAAAAUUUUAGGUAUUUGACAUGGGAAAAAAUAAGUGAUAAAAGUGGUUUGAAGAAUUAAAAACAGGAAAAAGUGAAGAAAAAUGUUUUUGUCCUUAUUAUGUGUGAAACAAUGAGAUAUCAGACAACAGGCCUUUGGAUUAUAUAUUCUGACCCUCUACCACAGAGCUUCAGAGACUCUGGUGAGCUAGGCCAAUUUCACUAGAUUUGGUUUUUGUGACCCACAAAAAAAUGAUAUCACUACAGAUGAAAGAGGGUCCCCUAUAAAUUUUUCAGGAUCCUGGACUUCUUUUGAAUGAACUAUAACAUUAAAUGACAUUUUUAUUUUUAAAACAAUUAUAUUCUUGUAGAAAUCAUGUCUAUAAACUUUUAUAAUUGUAGCUUUAAGACUGAGGUAUAACAUUACUUUUAAUUAUUCUGAUAUUGUUUGCAGAUAUGUUGCUGGAUGAAUUCAUGAAUACUGAGCCUUCCUUAGGAACAUUUUCUGCUGAUGCAUUUACUAAACAUGUCAAUGUGAACUUUACAAGCAGUAAACCAUCCACUCAAGACACAAUUACAGCUAAUUCCUCCUUCUCUGUGGUAGGUAUCAGUAGAUUAUCAUUAAAUUAAAUCGAUGAAUCUUUAAAGCAAUCAGCCCCUAUGAAAGUGCAAAGUGUAAUUUUGUUACUUUGAUUGAGUUAUCUGUUGUGGUGAAUCAAAUAUUUCAAAAUGUGUAUUAAGUCUUGUUAUCUAAUUAUAAUUUGCAAUAAUAUGUGUGAAACCAGAUUCAACACACAUGUACAUAACUUUUCUAAGAGGCCUAGAACUCUGUUCUUUAGAUAGAAAAAGAUGUGAUACCACCAUACAGACCAUUGGUAGAGCCUGCACCUUUGCUGCAAAAGACACGCAAACUACCCUCAUGGUUAAUAGAGUCAACAAGUCAAAUAAAAUCUCCUGCUAAGAAUUCAGUUAACAGGAGAGGGAGAACUUUGGUUAGCCAAAAUGUAGAGAAGAAAACAGCCACAGGUAAUAGUUGUAGAGUGAAUUUACCCCCUAGAAGUCUAUUAUUCAGGCUGGUGCUGUCUUCUUUAAGUUGUUGGAUUCAAAUUAUUGCAUGUAACAUUUCAAUGAAUAAUUUCUUAUGUUUAACAAAAUAAGUUGCUUAAUCAUAAAAAUUACAAUUUCCUUGAUUGUGAUUAGUUUAAAAAACUCCUAUUUUCCAUGUAGUAAUUCACUUGCCAAGUUGUUAUCAGACAGUUUGUUAUCAGGCAGUUUGUUAUCGAACAGUUUGUUAUCAGAGCAGUUCAAUAUGCCAAACGCAUUCAAAGUUGUAGUUUAAAUCUACCAAUUACAUUAAUUUUAAAUUUUUAGUUCAAAUUAGCUGAUUACAACCUUGGUUUCAAUCACCAUAGAAACAGUGUACAGAUUCAUAAAUUGGGGCUUCCUACAAAAUUGAGCAAUUUUUUCCCUUGAACAAUGACAAUAGUUUAGAAGAUAUUUUGAUUUGUGUCAAUUUCAGAGAGGCAUUUGUCAGUCUUUAAUGCAAUUUUCCCUUUCUUUCUUAGAUUGGCUAUUCUUCUUUUCCUAGAAAUUCUAUUUUUUAUGAUUAAUUGGUACAAAGACUUUGUGUUGUCCAAUUUGGUCUGUAAUCAUACUCAUGACAAACAAAUCACACUCCUGCUGUGUGGAGGUCUGAUUUUGUUAUCACUUAAUUGUAUGGUUACAGACCAAAUUGGACUCCACUCAGUCCUUUUACAAUUACUUCUUGCCUAUUGUUACCUUACUGUAUGGUGGCUUGUAAUGUUACUACAUACCUACAUGAACUGUAGUUAAAAAAAAACAGCACCUGACAUUAUGAUUUUGCAAUAGGCAAAAUUGUUCAAUCUGUAAUAUUGUAUGCCAAAAAAAAUAGAUAAGCAAAUAAUUAAUAGAGUUAGAAAUUUAAAACCAUGCCCAGUGACCUCCUAGUGCAUUGAAUCUGUAAAUAUUUAAUAAGAGCUUAUUAUGGUCUAUUCAUACUGUCAUCUCUUAAUUUCCCAAAUUUCAUUGUUCACUCUCUUACUUUGAAGAUAACAAAGAAAGAAACAAAAUCACUAGGAGGGAAAAAUUGUCAGUGAAGGAGGAACAGAAGGUUUCAGGCAUAGAUGAGGAUUUUACCAUGGGGGAUGAUGAUGAAUCUGAGCAUUUGAAGGAUAGAGGAAAGAACAAAUUUGCAAAGAAAAGAUCAUCUACAAACACUGAAGACAAUGAGGAAGAUGUCAAACCCACAGAAAGCAAGAAAACAAGAACAAGCAGAAUACUAGGGAAUGAAAAUGAUGUUGACAAUGAGCCUUCAGGACCAAAAAGCAAGAAGGAUAUUCGUAAAACAUUUUCAGGAGAUACUGAUACUGGUGGAAGUGAUGAUGAGAUGUCUGCAUCCAAAGUAGAAAGAACCCAAAUGAAGGUAAAAAUUGGUACUUCCUCUUUAAUCAGCAGCCCUUUUGAAUAAGUUGCCAACCUGUUUGACAAAGUUUAAAACAAGUGCCCUUCCCUCCCUGAAUAGGCACCCUUUUUCCUUCCCUUCCCCAGUUUUAUGGGCCAACACUGAAAUAUGAACAGGUGUUUAUUAUUGUUUAUGCUAAGUGAUCUCAUCUAAUCAUUUUAUGAUCAGAGGUGGUAAUUCAUUUUUGCAGCAUCAUUACAAUACAAGAAACUGUCCUCUACUUUCAGGGGGACAUUGGGGUGUGCUGUAUUGUGGUAUCACAAAAUUUCUCAUGGUAUUUGGGUAAAAUUAAUCUUGAAUUGUGGUAUUCUGGAAACUUGUGUGAUACAGUUUUUUAACAUUUUGGAUAGUAUUAAAAAUUAUCCUUCAAGUCCUCCACAGUUUUCCAAGCCUUUUCCAGUUUGUUUUGGAAACAGGCUGAAACAGUAGCUGAAGAUUUAAGGUUCUCUAAUCCUUCAUGGGAGUUAUUAUAUGAAGCAUGAUCACAACUGAUUUUGAACAGUCCUGUUUGAUCAAUGACUGUAGUGGCCAAGUACAAGUCACAGCUUUGUGGUCCUGUACUGAAGUGACAUUUUUUUGUUAUUAAAAAAAAAAAACUAUGUUAGUUUGUAGAGUGGUAUGUUGUUCAAACCAAUGAGAUCACUGCAUUUGGGUAUGUAUCUUGUACCACUAUAAGGGUAUGUAUGAUCUGGCACCAAUCAGAUUGCCCCAUUAAGGUAUAUAUCUCUCACCAAUCAUAUCACAGCUUUCUUUUGGAAUCAGGGGGCUGAGCAUAAAGAAUGAUGUAAACCAUAAAUUUUGGGCUAAUUUUGAUAAGUGUAAUGGUUUGUGGCCUUCAUGGGAGCCUCGUUGCUUAAGGUCAAGAUUUAUCUGGAUAUGAAAGGUUCAGAUUUAACCUUUUUGUAUCAUUAUUAAGUUAAAAGGUGUUUUUUCCACUCCUUUACUCACAACUCGCAUGCCAAACAACUUACAUUCCAUCAUGUACCAUGAAAACAACAUCUAAAGUCCAAUCAGAACAUACCAAAUAAUAUCACUACAUGAACAUUUGACAAUUUUUCAGGUGCUUGAAUUGUUUACUACAAAUCAAAUUCUAUUUUGCCAAGUAAGACUUUGCUCCAUUACGUGUCAUUUCCUUGUAAACAACCCGCAUUUAAUUGCGUAUUCUUACCACUUUGUCCGACCCCACUGAAAAAAAUUCACAUGGAACUAAAUGCUACUGAUAGUAAAUUUUAUUCGCAGUUCUCCCACAUUUUGACUAUUUUGAUGAAUAUAAUUGGCUUUUAGCUACCUUGGACUUAAUUCAAUCACAUGUUAAUUUCUUGUGAACAACCUGCAUUUUAUCAUGUAUUUCACACAUGGAGGGCAAAGUCCAGGUAGGCAAUAAGCAAUCAAGAAGCACUAUUUAAAAUAUUAUCCUUUUCUUUUGAUCAAUGUAUCUUCUUUUAUUCAAGAUCGCAGUAUAUCUUUGGAUAGGGUCUAUUGGAGAUACAACAGAGUUUCAGUUUGCUUUUCAUAGUAAAAUUAUGCAGAAUUAUAUUUUUGAGGCAACUAAUUGUAGAUGAAUAAUUUUGAUUUUCUCUCUGUUAAAGGUAUUUUUCCAACUGUAUCACACUAUUACUAGUCCAUGUAUUUGUUUAAGUAUAGUCCUUGGGAGGUUGGGAGAACACUCGAUAAGCUGGAAACCACUCAGCUUCGCAUCGUGGUUUUCCACGCUUAUCUCGUGUUCUCCCAACCUCCUGCGUGUUUACAUCAGGCUAUGUAAACACGAAAACCAUUUUACAUUUCUUCAAUAGUGACUACAUACAUCAUACAUGUAUUGUUAGACAAACUAUUAAACAUUUUUUGCUCUGUAGACGGCAUGAAAAAUUAUGCUACCAGUUGAGCCUCUCCAAAAUGGCUAUGGGGCAGGGAAAAGGUGCUGUUGUAUGGGACCUGUAUUUUUUGAAGAGGAAACAAUAUUUUUAAAAAAAAAUUAUUUAUUAUAGUAGAAUCCUAAUUAACUGAUGCUAAGGUUUUUAAAUUAAGCCGUUACCAACAGUUCUACGGUUGUAAUGUUUUUCCCUCUUCUUUUGCAGGAAAAUGAAAAAGAAUCAGACAAAAUGAAACUUCCACCCUGUCCUUAUGGAAAGAAAUGCUACAGGUAUAUCUACCAAGCUACUGAAACCAAUUGAAGCUGCUAUCUUAAUUUAGGGAUUGAAAAUUAUUAGUUUUACAAUGCAUUUGACUUUCUUGAUCAUUAAUGGUCUCAUUUUUACAAUACCAGAUUUCCAGCUGAGCACUCCUUAAGGUGCUUUGUUUAUACACUUAUUCUACUGUGAAUUAUUUUUAAGUGAAUAAGAAUUUGAUGGUGUUUUCAUGAUUAAAGUAAUAGUUUAUUUCAGGAGAGCAUGUGCAUGAGUAAAUCAAUUCUAACAAUAGAAACAGUGUUGCUAUAUAGCUUACACAUUGCAUUUCUUCACUUGUACAGAAAUAAAUUUACCUUGAAUUAUUUCCUUAAAUCUUGUGAAGAAGGAAACCCUCUGUUAUCAAUUUGAUUAUUCAUCUUGUUUAGCAGAGAUAAAAAUAGAAUGCUUGUUCCAUUUUUUACUUUUCUGCCCUAUUAUUUUAUACACUAAGUGUUAGUCUGCUGACUAUAGGUUAAGAUUGCUGAUUUCAAUUGGUGGCCUAACUUUUUGAAAAUAGCAUUAAAGUUUAUAGACUUUCUUUUCAUUAGGUGAUUUGGAAAAGCAACUGUUUCAAUAAGAUUUUCAGUUGACACUUGUAAACCCACAUGAAAAAUCCUGUGUGAAAAAAAAAACUGUGAAUGUCAUUAUGCUAACUGUAAAGUUUUCCUUUAGUUCAGAUAAUCAUGAUAGUGAUAGGCAGCACUAUUUUGACCCAUAUUGAAUUACAGUGUAGUUAAUACUUUAAUAAAUCAAUUCUCUUUCCUUUUCAUUUGUUCCUGGCUUUGAUGAUGUUAAGGAACUUGGUGAUCUCCAUUUCUUUAUCACUGAAUUGUUAUCAGUAUAGAUUGUUAAAUUCAUCUUUCUGCCACGCUUGGAAAAAUGUGAAUACUGUUCAGAGCCAGCUCAAUAAUUAAAAUAUGUAUGGUGGCUGAAAAUUUGCAGAAAGAUAUAAAUAUAUCUUGAAGUGCUCAUUGCACUUCAGUCACAAAAAACAGGGUAAUCAACUUGUUCAGGAGUUUCAGGCACAUGAAGCUAAAAAGUAAGGGUGCAUGACUAUUAGAGACUGUUUUGCUGCAAUGGGAAACUUAGAUGAUCACAUGUUGAGAAAUAAUUAGGUAUUAUUGAGCAUGUUUUUACCACCUGUCUCAAGAAGAAUUACAAACUGAAAAAAGAAAGCUACCUUUCAACAAAUAAUUUUUCAAAAAAAGAAAAGAAAACCAUUUUGAGCUCCCUUCUGUUACUGACCCUGCCUGUCCAGACUGCACCUGUAACCAUUAUGGGAUGUGAAAGAACCCACAUUACUCCUCAAAUAGAGGCAGGAAUGUACUUGUAGACCUUCGAGUGCUGGUGUGGCCAGCUUUACUUCAUGUAUCCAUGCUUUAGUGAUGGACAGGUGUAAUCAUGAACAGAUACAAUGAAAUUUUGUAAUUGUUAGGAAACUCAUUUGAUGCAUGGUAGGAAAAUGUUUGGUAUGAGUUCACUACAUCUAAAACAAUACACAGUAAUGAUAUUGUUUCCUCAAAACAGGAAAAAUCCUUUGCAUUUCAAAGAGUAUUUGCACCCUGACAAGGAUAGUAGUGAUGAUGAUGAUGAUGAUGAUGAUGAUGAUAAAGUGGCUGGAGAUGAUAGUGAUGAUUACAGACCUGUUUGUCCUUAUGGCUCCAGUUGUUACAGGCAGAACCCUCAACACAGAAAAGAUUUCGAACACACUGAUGCUGUAGGUAGGCUGGGAAGUGUCAUGAUAUGCCAUGCUGCAUUGAUUAGGUUUGGUAUGUCCUCAGCAGCUACAUGUAGGUGUAAUAAUCCAAAUAGAAACAGCCCAAAAUUAGUUUGAUUCAAUUAUGAUGCCAACCAAUUCUAGUAGAAAUGAUAAAGAUUAGCUGAGAAAUUUGGUCUGGGAUUAGUUUUAAUCUUGCUAAAGGAAAAUAAGUUUGAUUGAGUUUGGAUUGCAUAUAUUAAUACUGUAACAGUUUUCCACUAAAAUUUUUCUCAUUUAUCUAAAAAGGUCCCAAACAUAAAACAACAAAGAAAAGGAAAAACCUUGAUGGCACAAGUGAUGAUGAUGGCCACAAUAGAAAUGAUUACAAUGACAGCUUCUUAGCUGAUGAUGCCAGUGAUGUUGAGGAGGAUGGUAGUAGCUACUCAGGGUCUGAUGACCCUGAUUGGCAGCCAGUACAAGGUGAUGAUAAUGGCAAGGAGGAUGUCAACCAGUUGUUACAUGAGGCUAAAGGGUUUCUAUGCAAUAAGAAAAUGACAAAACCAGUUUGA